AUGGUUGCUAUGGUUGCUAUGCUUGGUACCAAGCAUACCAAGCAUAACCAAGGGAAAGGAUGUCGUUUAUCCCUCGGGGCUAAAGCCGGGGGUGAAACUUAUCCAAGAUUAAGGGUAAUUUCAGGUCAGGGAGUUAUUAAGAAUAAGGGAGUUAAUAGCAGUUCGACCCCUGCUCGGGACAUUUACCCGUUAACAAUAAGAUGGAUAACCAUUACUCUUCACCUAACAUUUCCCUACCCUUCUUCAGAAGAAUGUAAGAGAAGAAUCACGUGCGGGGCGGGGGAAGGAAUCACCAAAGGGGAAGGAGUAGGAAUUCACUCAAUGACGAAACCUGGGUUAUUCCCAACUAGAAUACCCAGAACUAACCACCUUGGUAUCCCCCUAAAUUUCAAAGGCAGGAGCUUGGUUAAAAGUCCUCCUUGGAGAAGGUACUUGGUAUCUGAAUCCUUACUAAAGAGUUCCCCUCUUAAACUAAUGAACUGUACACGAGAUAAGACUCAGAUAAGAGUGUCAUAUCCUACCUUAUCGUUGGAUUUCUUCAUCCAAGUAGCUUUGGAUAAGGCCCAUAGGGGGGAUGGCUUAAACAAGUUAGUAAAGGAAGAAGCUCACCAAGGCUUGCCUCCUAGUUGGCUUAAUAAAGAGGGAGGGCGAUUCUUAAGGGAUUGGAUUCCAGGCUACUUCCCCCCUCCUCUCUUACUCGUUCCCGAUAAUAAAGCCUUCCCCCGCUUCUUGCGAUUCAGUAAUAACCUAGGGGCCAUAUCCCCUUCAACAAUUGAGGUCACUUUUUACGUCCCCUCUUCCUUAACCCAGGAAUCAGGUUUAGGAUUAUCGUUUGAUCAACGGGGCCCUACCCCUCUAUUGAUAACUAGGGAAAUGCAUCUUACUAAACUAAGGAACACAUGA